UGGCAGAUGAGGGGCCCCAGAGUACAGCUCAGUACAAGUCCCUGGUGAGGAUUCAUUAAGAGUCUUGAAACCUGAAGAUUGCAGAGUACCCCGAGGAGAGAGACUCUUUCGAUUCCUGCUUACCUCCAGACGGAGCUGGCCCCCCACCCUUCCUGCUCAGGCCUGUGGUCAUUCUCCAGAGGGCAUCCGCCCAUCCCAGAUAGCCUUGUUUACCAUGACUUCUUCUUAGGAAGAUAGAAGGCCCAUGUUUGGAUACUCUGACACUCUUCCUACUGCCAAGAAGGACUCAGAUACUGGACAAGGGGAAGAAGCCAUGCCUACUUUGGGGGCUGGUUCUUCAACCCCUGACCGCUUUGCGGUGUCUGCGGAGGCAGAAGACAAGGUUCGGGAGCAGCAGGCCCGUUUGGAGCGCAUCUUCAGCGUGGGGAUGAGUGUCCUCCCUAAGGACUGCCCUGAGAAUCCUCACAUCUGGCUGCAACUUGAGGGCCCCAAGGAGAACGUCAGCAGAGCGAAGGAGUACCUGAAGGGUCUCUGCAGCCCAGAACUUCAAAAUGAAAUCCACUACCCCUCCAGACUGCACUGCAUCUUCCUGGGAGCCCAGGGUUUCUUCCUUGACUGUCUGGCUUGGAGCACAUCAGCCCAUCUGGUACCUCAGGCACCUGGUUCACUGAUGAUCAGUGGCCUAACUGAGGCCUUUGUUAUGGCUCAGAGCCGUGUGGAGGAGCUAGUGGGGCGGCUGAGCUGGGACUUUCAGCCAGGACCAUGCCCCAGAGCCUCUCAGAGUGCUGGAGUGCUGAGUGACUUCUCUGCCUUGCUGCAGCCCUGGGAGGAUGUCCACACAGAGGCCCUGCUGCAGCUGCCCCUGGCUGUUCAGGAGGAGCUUCUGAGUCUAGUGCAGGAGGCGUCCAGUGGGCAGGGGCCACAAGUGUUAACCUCAUGGCAGGGGAGAAGCCCAGACCUGCUGAGUACUCAGCAUUGGGGAGUCAGGGCUUUCCAGAGUGGAGGUGGGGAGUUGUUGCGCCCUGGAUCUGUGGGGUGCAGAGAAUCAAAAGGAGCAGAGGGAGGGAGUCAUACUAUUGAGAAGGAUCAAGGGAAACAAGGUGGUUCCAAGGAGAUGGAUUUGUGGUGGAAGGAGCUGCCUAAGGAAGAGGCCUGGGACAGAGAAGUGGCUUUCAGGCCAUAUUCAGCAGGUGGAGGGACAGGGGAAGAUGGGCCCCUGAAAAGAAAGGCCCUGGGAAAGGAGGGGGUACCUCAGGAAAGAGGUGGGUUUAGUGUCCAGGGUGAGUUUUCUGGUGCCCCUGGUCCCUGUCAGAGGACAGCUCAAACCCGGGGAGCUUCCCUUCUUCAGCGGUUGCACAAUGGAAAUGCCUCACCUCCAAGAGUACCUAGCCCUCCACCUGCGCCCGAACCCCCAUGGCCCUGUGGAGACCGGGGAGAUAAGCAGCAGGCCGUGGCUCGAGGUCGAGGGUUUCCUGGGAGACGAGGUACCCGUGGGGGCAACUUAGUGACUGGCACACAGCGUUUCCAGGAGGCCCUGAAGGAUCCUUUCACCUUGUGCCUUGCCAAUGUGCCUGGCCAGCCAGACCUCCGCCAUAUUGUCAUUGAUGGCAGCAAUGUGGCCAUGGUCCAUGGGCUCCAGCACUACUUCUCCAGCCGGGGCAUUGCCAUUGCUGUGCAGUACUUCUGGGACCGUGGCCAUCGUGACAUAACCGUCUUUGUGCCUCAAUGGCGCUUCAGUAAGGAUGCCAAGGUUCGAGAGAGUCACUUCCUGCAAAAGCUGUACUCCCUCAGCUUGCUCUCCCUAACUCCCUCACGAGUCAUGGAUGGAAAAAGGAUCUCCUCCUAUGACGACAGGUUCAUGGUGAAGCUGGCAGAAGAGACCAACGGGAUCAUUGUCUCCAAUGACCAAUUCCGGGACUUGGCAGAGGAGUCUGACAAGUGGAUGGCAAUCAUCAGAGAGCGCUUGCUGCCUUUCACCUUUGUGGGAAACCACUUCAUGGUUCCUGAUGACCCACUGGGGCGAAAUGGCCCCACCCUGGAUGAGUUCCUGAAGAAGCCAGCCAGGAAACAGGGAUCUUCUAAGGCUCAGAAUCCUUCCAGGGCCUUUGCAGAACAUGGUAAUCAGCAGCAGGGGAGGGAAGAGGAAAAAGGUACUGGUGGCAUUCGGAAGACCCGGGAGACCGAGAGGCUCCGGCGCCAGCUGCUGGAGGUGUUCCGGGGUCAGGAUCACAAGGUGGAUUUCAUCCUGCAGCGGGAACCAUACUGUCGGGACAUCAACCAACUGUCUGAGGCCCUGCUUGGUCUCAACUUUUGAGCCUCACUUGCUUUUGUGGCUGUUGCCCUGUUUAGCCUCCCUCAGCGCAGCACCUUCUGGGAGAGUCCCUCUGCUGUUCAUACUCUGACCCAGGCUUACUCUGAGUUGGUGAUUUGGGUCAGGGAAGCACUGGGGAAGAAUAUGUAAGUGAGGGACAUUUCUUGCCUGGGCCCUUUGGGGGCAGAUCCACAAACUGACCCAAUGUCAAGAGAAGACCGCAGCCAGCUCUCAAGAGGUCUGCUCAGCUUUAACUUUUCAACCUUGUUUUUAACACAGGGCUUCAAGAAAGAGUAAAUCCUGGAGAUUGGGACUGUGGCUGAGUUGGGCAGAGGCUAGGGUGGGCCAGAGGUGGCAAAAAAGCUGAGUCUUUCCUCUCCCUUGCUGCUGCUUUGGUUGGCCAGAGGACAGGAAGCUCUGCUGGCUGGGCUGUCUCCUGGGAGUGUCAAAGGGAAUGCUGGACCCUGGAGGGGCUAUAGAGUAUUGGGUUGCAGGGAGGUAGCAAUGAGCUGGUGACAAAGGCAGAGGGAGACCUGGUUUCCAGUCCAGAUAUGCCUGCCUGUGACCUUGAGCUGCUUGGCCUUUACUUCUGCCUGUAAAUCAGAAGUAAAACUACCUGUUGGGAGGAGAUAUGAGAUCAUAGAGGAAAGCUCCUUGGAGGAAAGUACUUAGACAAAGUCUCAGGUAUGUCUGCCUGUGGCUGCACAGGCUCCCUAACCAAACCUCACUUUCAGAGAUGUGGGUCCUCCAUGUCCAGGGUCCAUGCCCUAGAUUUUAACACUGUGUCCUUGUAUAACAUGCCCUAUAAUGGCUGCAUCCCUUUUGGGCAACCUUUAAAGUCCACAUUUACAAGAUAGUUCAAUUAGGACUGACUGUUUGCAUUACCGAAAUACUCUCAGGGUUCCUAUAAAUGGCAGCUCUUCUGUUAUAUUCAAGGGUUUGUUUACAGUAUAUAUGUCAAAAAGCCCAGUUAGAUCCUCUAGCUGAAAUGUUGACAGCAUUCACCAAAUUGAUGAAGCCAUGCUGUGCAAUGACAAUGUAGAUGUGAUCGGCCCCUAAAGUUUUCAUUAUGGAAGACAUAGGUUGCUUAAAGUAAGGCACAGUUCUGUUUGGUGUAUGUGUGGAGGUGGGAGGGCUAUGAAAGUUUUAUUAGAUGAACCAAUUAUCUAGAAAAUGAAAACUGAAGAAUCAGAGUUGGAAGGAUCUGAUUGGCCACAAGACCAAACCCACUGUCCAUCAUAACAUGUUCUUUCCAUCCUGAUUCCCACAGGACAGUGCCUUGUAUCUGUUUGAAUUCUUCCUCUUCUGGGGCAUUUUCUUCCAGCAAGGCAGCACAUUCCUCCUGGGGACAGUAUUAAUCAGUAGUCUGUCUUCUAGUGUAGCCUAAACUAUGCUUUUAUGUUACUGCUCCUUCCCCCAGGAAUAACAGUCAACUUUCCUAGAGUCCAAGACCAAAUAAAAAGAUAAGACAGUUA